UUACAUUGUAUAUUUCCUGAUAAAUUGUAUUUUUAUAAUUUUUAGUUUAUGAAAUUGAAAAUACAUAUAUUUAUUUAGAACCCCGAGGCCUCUCUUCCCAGUUCCCCCUAGUCAGCGACCGUUAACCGCCAAAGGCGACCGGAGUUCGGCCAAACGACGUCGUACGAGUCUUUCCAACCAGUUGCGAUUUGAGCGAGGAAUCAGAUUAGUUCCCCUUGUUCUUCAAUCUUCACCAUUCUCUGCAGAAUCAGCGACAGCAGCAGCAGCAGCUGGGGUGCCCAAUAAAACAAAAGGGGUUCAAAAGGGGGCGCCUUUCGUCGUCUACCUCAUAAAUUAUGUGCGAACUCUCUUCACACUGCUUUGGAUGUUUACGGCGGCAGACCCAGCUCGUCUCGGCGCGUAGUUUUCUUGCAGGUUCUAAUUCUCCCUUCCUCCUGGUUUCUGUUGAGGGGAUUCGAUCUUAUGCCCCCUUUUUCCAAUGGGUUUUGAAGAUAGGGAAUUGAAUCUUACUUUUCCCCACGUCUUGGGUAUUUGUUGUUUCUAUUAAGCCGAUAGAUAAGAGAAAGAAGAUUGGCCUGAAGAACGAAAAGGGAGCGAAUUCAUCCUUUCUAGGGUUCUUAUUUUCUGGUUUUGCUCAAGGGGGAAUAUGGAAGCGUCCUCUUCUUCUUCGUCGUCGGUGAUAUCUCCGGAGGACGUGUUGGAAUGUCUGAUGAACGACGGCACAAUUGAUGCUCUGAGAUUGAAGAUCAUCAAUCAGCUCAAGGCCAAUGAAGAGCUGAAGAAUACAACCAUCAAAAUGGCCGAGCAGAGUAAGGUUUUAAAUACCCCUGGCGCAGAGAAACAGACCAAGAGGGAACUAUUCGAUGCACUUCGACAAGAACUUGAAACUCCGGUGCUCGAGAAGGCUUCGAAAUCGGUAUGGGAAUUGAUUCUGGACAACAAUGGCCUGGGGAAAGAAAUAAGUGAAACGGUCGAAAGAGUGUUCUGCAAAUUAAGCGGCCAAGAGCCUGCGUUGUUUCCACCUCCGAGUAAUCCUGAACCACAAGCUUCCAGGGAGAAAGAGAACAAGAAAGAGGCAGAGAAAGAAGAGGAGUUGACGAUAGCAAGUCUGAAGGAUAACUCUAUGUUGAAACAUCCGAAGAAAAGGCGGCACAUCGAGAUGACCAAUGAGAAAGGCGGUGCUGCGAAUGAAGUUGCAAGAAAAUCGGCCGAUGAUCGAUCGAGUAAAUCUCCUCAUCCAAAGACUUUAAACCUUACUUAGAAUCGAAUGAGACCAUUUAGCAGAACAGAUAAUUUAUUGAAUUGGUCCCUUCUCUUCAGUAGAAUGUUUCUUCAGAAACAUAGUUUCUAGUCUUUCUGCAUAGAGUUUAGUUUUCAUUGUCAAGCGCAAACUUAUGAGUUGAAUGAGAAUCUAUAAACAUGUUGGCUCAAUCACAUUUACAGGAACGGUGGCUUUGAUUUUUGUUUUAUGACAUGAUGGAAUAACUGGCAUUGUAGUCAUUUCGUAAAGUAAAUAAUGACUAUGAGAGUAUAUGGGACUCCCUCAGUCCUCACUAUUAAUUUUGGUGAAUUGAUAAGCCAAACUAUUCAUGUUAAAUCAACUGAUAGAGUUAAAGUUUUCACGGUCUGUUAUUAUCAUCAAAAUAAGUUAACAGUUAGUAC